AUGGAUCGCAUGGUGCAGAUGAUGGAAAGAAUGGCUGAGUUCAUGAUGGCUCAGCAGGCUCCAGACCAAAAUCAAGUUCAGCCCCGAGUAGAUUAUGCUAAAGCAAUAGCCAGCAGACACCCUCCGACCUAUGCCGGAGAAGAAGAUCUCGUGGUUCUGGAAGAGUGGAUCAGAACAUUUGACAAGUUGUUGGACGCAGUAAACUACCCUGCGGAUCAGAGAAUAUCCUCGGCUGUGUACUACCUCACAAAGGCUGCGGACAAUUGGUGGACUACAACUGGGCCUGAUCUUUUGCAAGACCCAGACUUCGACUGGGAAGACUUCAAAACAGCAUUGAGGGCUCAGUUUUACACUGAAAGAAUUCGAGGAAUUAAAUGCGAAGAAUUUCUAAGGCUGAGACAGAAAGGGGCAAGUAUUCAGGAGUAUUAUGCAAAGUACAUAGAACUGCUAAGAUUCGCCCAGGAUAUCGUGCCGGAUGACGUGAGCAAGGCCAGAAGAUUCGUGCGCGGCAUGGACUGGGAUAACCGAAGAGCCCUUGCACCGUUUAUGUGUUCGACCCUGAAAGAGGAGGUGUACGGCCGAAACAAGAGAAAGGCCGAGGCGCAGCAGGGGAAAUCGAAACUUGAAGGCAAGAAACCAAACUUUGGAGAAGCCAGUAGCAGGCAAGGAGAAAGAAAGGGGGAAGUAAUCCAAGUAAGGGGUUAUCCAUGCCCACGGUGUGGGAGGAUCCACCCUGGUGAAAACUGUCGAGGGGAGAAACUUACAUGCUUCCUGUGCGGCCGAGUGGGGCACACGCAGAGGAACUGUCCUAUUCAACCACGGCGCUAUCUGAAUCCACCCCUGAAUCUGAAUCAAGGGGGAAGGUCUACUGAAGAACCGAGGCAGCGACAAUUUAGCAGUGGAAAUGGCAGAGGGAAUAAUGUCCCACAAGUAAGCCAGGGGAGACCGUCGAGUGUUGCUUCCAAUAUUACCAACAAUAGAGGAAAACAGCCAGUUGGGGCCAGCAAUUCAGGAAGCCAGGGGAGAAUUUUCGUUGUCAAUAGCGCCCAGGCUCAAGCAAGCGACACCGUUGCUGGUACCUUCCUAAUAAACUCUGUGCCUGGUUUGGUUCUAUUUGAUACAGGAGACACGAAUUCUUUCAUCUCUUGUAUGUUUGCUGAUAAAUUGGGGUUAAGAUCUGCUACUAGGUUAAACCUUAACGUAAUGACUGCCUCAGGACUAGUAGUAGCUUGUAAGAACAUAUAUGAGAACGUUUCUAUAGAGAUAGCGGGAGUUAACUGUCCCGGGAAUCUUAUUCGGUUUGAGUUGGAAGGUAUAAAUGUGGUAUUGGGAAUGGACUGGUUAGCGAAAUAUAAAGCUAGGAUAGCUUGUAAUGAAAAGAAAAUUCUGUUAAGAGGACCGAAAGGGAAAAGGGUUUCAUAUCGAGGAAUCGAGAAGGAGCCCGAACCAAAACUGAUGACAAUGCGUAGGCUGAGAAAAUACGCACAAAAGGGGUAUGGAGUGUACCUCUGUCUGGUGCAGGAUAUGGAAGUAGAAAAACUGGAGAUCAGUCGGAUCCCAGUUGUGUGUGAAUUUCCGGACGUGUUUCCCGAUGAUCUUGCGGGAAUGCCCCCUGAAAGAGAAGUGGAAUUCACCAUUGACCUGAUGCCGGGAACAUCACCUAUUUCCAAAGCACUUUAUAGAAUGGCGCCCAAAGAAAUAGAGGAGUUGAAAGUUCAACUAGGAGAACUGGGGAGAAAAGGAUUUAUUAGACCCAGUGUAUGGCCCUGGGAUGCACCGGUGUUAUUUGUGACGAAGAAGGAUGGGAGUUUUAGAUUGUGUAUCGAUUACAGGGAACUGAAUCGAGUCACAAUUAAGAAUAAAUACCCAUUGCCUAGAAUUGAUGACCUAUUCGACCAGUUAAGAGGAGCGGGCGUAUAUAGAUUUGAUUGUCUAUUUGUGCUUGAUCAACUGUUGUAUAUUGAAUGUCUUGAUGUGUGGCUGUAUGGCUGGCUGUGUGUUGAGACCUUAUGUGUUAGGAAGGAAGUUUCGGGGACGAAACUAUUCCUAAGGGGAGUAGGGUGUAAUACCCCGAAAUUUUAA